CGAACACACAAAGUCAGCACUCAACAGACCUCCAACUGCAUCUGGUGAGCAAUUUCUCGGAAACUCCGGCGAGCUUGACUUGACAAGACCAUAAUUAUCUGUUUCAAACCCUGACGGAGGGUCCCAGGUGUUGAAUGGAUCCUCUUAGCAUCACCAGCGCCUCAGUCGCGCUGGCCGCCGCUGUCUACAAAUGCACGAUUGAAGUCAAAAAGAUCGUUGGCACGAUCGCCGACGCGGCCGACUCGCUCUCAGAUCUAGCUGAAGAGGCUCAAUUAAUUCAAGGAGCACUCCAGGGUGUUGAGGACGCCUUGCAGGACAAUCAAGAAGCAAUCUCGCGAUACAAGGUUGAAGAGGUUUUCUCAAUUGCAGUCAAGGGCUGUCGCGCGACUUUGGCGUGCAUCAAGCAGGAGAGCUCGGUACGAGAAGUUCAGGCGCUGGUCGCCAAGAAACAGAGUGCUUUGACAGUUGCGAAAGAGGAUAUAACGGCUCUCAUACCGACUUACUGGAGUUGCCGUGAUACGAUUCUUGACUCGCUUGACAAGGAAACAGUCGACAGCAUCUAUGCGGACUGGGAGAAUCGAGAGAGCAAGCUGACUCUUGCUCAAGCACAAGCCAAACGUGGUCGAGAGCUACCACCUCGGAGAAGGAUUGACACCUCCGCCCGGGAACCCAACGGCGGGAUCGUGGAGCCAGUUGAGGACAUUAUUGACUUGGCCUCGGAACCGAGUCAACAAACUGCUUCGAUGCCAUCACAUAUGCCCCCCAAGUCGUACUUGGACCUAGCAGGUCUGCAGUUCAUGCCGAUAACUGCGGACGAAGGGUCAGCUAGCGCUGGAAGCCUCGAAACUUCUGAAACUGCCGAACCGAUAGAUAUGCGAGGGAUGACUGACCAUUUGAGAGAAUCCGACAUGUCUCCUGAGUCCAGAGAUAAGAGUCCACAAAAUCGGAUGCCUGGAAUCCGGCGGUGGCAUCAAACUACGACUAAGGAAGCAGUGACUGAAAUAAGACAAGACGAAACUCAACAUGAAGAGGCACUGACGGGUCGACUGGCACAAACGAUGUAUCGUAAUAGCAACAGUCUGUCCGCUGGACUGUCAAUAGCGCGUCAUCUGCCCUCUUCCAAAUCGCACGACUCCUUAGACAUAGAGUACUUCGACGCUUUAAAAGGCCAUAGUGGUCCCAGUGGUAAGCGUCGUCCUGGGGUUCGUGUACGAAUAACGCCUAGUAAGAGGAAGGGUGUUGACACAAAACACCAUCAUGAUAUUACAGAGACUAGCCCCGAUUCUCGUAUACCUUCGGAUGAGCUACUCGACGGUAGCCCUAUAGGGAGUUCCAAAGCCCCAAACAUUGGACAUUCGAUUCUCCAAAAGAGCCCAGUCGAUAUUGAAAUCGAUCGCGGUCAUAGGCAGGCCGCCAAGAUCUUGGAUGAGCUACGAAGAGUCAGAAUAAGGCCAGCCAAGAACGUGGGCGAUUCGAAAUAUGAACCCUAUGAUUCAGGAUAUAUACCCGACGAUGACAUGAGGCCUCGCACCAAACAAAGCCAGCGCAGCAAAAGCACCGAUUCCACCGAAACCAACGCAGGAUCACCGCCAAAUAUAAACAACCCCAGACUUCUCAAAGUUGUCGAGGAUGCUAUACAAAUGCUGAUUCUACCUGAGCUCAAUGCACUGAAACGUGAAACAGAGCAAAGUGAGCGCGGAUCCACUGAAGCAGAUGGAUCACCACUUCACGUCACAUCGGCUCUUGCUGAUGGUCUGGAGGGAAAUGAAAAAGAGCAGGAUAAUAAAAAGAAAAAGAAAAAGAAGGCCGGGUCUUCAUCACGUCGCUUAAAUAGGAUUCGUGAGAGAGAUAGGGACAGGGAACUUAGUGUAUAA